GACAUCCAGAUGGGCAAAGGCGAGACCGGCGACAAGUACUCGCUUCGGUACAUCGGGUCCAUGGUCGGAGACGUGCACCGGACGCUGCUCUAUGGUGGCCUCUUUGCCUACCCGGCAGACACCAAGAACAAGGAUGGAAAGCUCCGCUUGCUCUACGAGGCUGCGCCCAUGUCCUUCCUCCUGGAGCAGGCUGGGGGCCUUGCCACCACCGGGCACAGCCGUGUCAUGGACAUCCCGCCGGUGAACGUGCACCAGCGAGUUCCCAUCGUCCUCGGCAGCAAAGAAGACGUCGAG